CAUCACCCUCCAGCGGAAGAGGUUCAUCCUCCGACCAGCAGGCGGCAGCACCGACGACACGCACACCUGCUACCGGAACCGUUCAGUGGUGUUUCCGGUAGCAGGUGGAUGUUUUGAGUCGAACCCCCGAAGUCUCCCAAACCGUACCUGGACGCCUUCGUUUUCAGGAGGGAACCGGGCCUCCAUUCCGCCUCCCACCGUUAUCCUCGCGCGAUGGCUUCCAGGCGGCCGGACAGCUUCGACGGGCUCGGUUAUCGGGGCCGCGAGGAGCCGCUGUACGGGUCCGGAUUCCCGCUGAGGGGCACCGGAGCGUUCGCCGACCCGCAGCUGCAGCAGUGGGUCACCACGCCGCCCGACAUCCCGGGCAGCCGUAACCUGCACCCGGGAGGAGACCGGACGCCUUUCGACGGGCCGCAGACCGAGCCCAGAGGACCUCCGGGGGCCGCGGCCGACUGGGGGGCUCCGCCCGCGAGCUUCCCGCCCACAGAUCAGGUCAAUCGGUUCGCCGGAUUCGGAAUCGGACUCGUGAGUCUCUUCACGGAGAACGUCCUCUCUCACCCCUGCAUCGUCUUCCGUCGGCAGUGUCAGGUGAACUACCACGCCCACUGCUAUCACCUGACGCCGUUUAGCGCUGUGGCCGUCAUGUACUCCAUCAGCAAGGCGCAGGGCGUGAAGGCUCUUUGGAAGGGGAUGGGCAGCACCUUCAUCGUUCACGGAGUCACGCUGGGAGCUGAGGGCAUCAUCAGCGAGUUCACACCAUUACCACGGGAGCUUCCUCACAGGUGGAGCUGGAAGGAGCUGGCCGGACAUUUGCUGCUCAAAGGUCUGACCGCUGUGGUGGUGCUCCCGUUUUACUGCGCGAGCCUCGUCGAGACGGUCCAGAGUGAGAUAGUGCGGGACGAGUCGGCCUCCGGCCUGCUGGACUGCGUCCGCGAGGGUCUGGCCAGGUUGCUGCACGUUGGCGCCCCCCACAGUCGCCGGCUGCUUCCUCUAAGUUGCCUACUGCUUCCUGCUGCUCUGCACGCCAUCCUGCGCUACGCCAUGUCCACCACCGUGCAGCAGGUGGCGCUGUGGUUCUACCAACGGGGCAGGAAGCAGCGGUCAGAGCCCUCCAACCCCCUCGACGCCUACUUUCCUGAGCUGGUCGCCGCGUGGGCGGGGUCUCUUGUUGCGGAUGUGGCGUUGUUUCCUCUGGAGACAGCGCUGCACCGCCUCAGCCUGCAGGGGACGCGCACCAUCAUCGACGCCACCGAUGGCGUGGUCGCUACGGGAGCCGGCGCCUCCCCGCUGGUGCUGCCCGUCAACACACAGUAUGACGGUCUGUCUGACUGCCUGCACACCAUCCGCCGCAAAGAGGGCGGGGCGGGCUACUACCGCGGCUUCGGGGCGCUGGUGGCACAGUACACGCUGCAUGGCGCCCUGCUGGCCGCCGCCAGGAUGCUUCUCAGGGUGAUGCUGCUGGACACCAGAACCGGUUAGAAGCAGGAAGUCACAUGACUCUGAAUAGCCAAACAUUCUGAGCUGAUCCACACGCACUGCUGAAAGUGACCAUGUGACUGACCGUCCCAGCAUGCACCUGGUCUGUCCGUCUGCUGGUGUGAGCCAUGGAAGUGUAAAUGAACAGGAUGACAUUAAAUAGAUUUAGAUUAAAUUAUUUGUUGAUAUUCAGGAAAUUCCUUUAAAUCUCAAAUGUUUCCGACAAACGGAUGAGACGUUUGUAAGAAGGUAACAUCCGUGUCAAAGACGGUGACGCGCAGCCGUCCGCUUAUGAUGUCACCAUGUCAUGUGAUCAACCUAAUCUGUAAAACUCCAUGGAUGUGUACAAAUACUGUCUGGAUUGUCAGUGUUAAUAAAGUUUUAUUCAUUUCA